AUGUCCAAAUUCCCCAAAAAACCACUUCAGGCUCUUAUGGACCUAGCACGGGUUAAUAAAGAGAAACUCGUUGCUCCUCUUCCUGACAACUUGACUUCGAAGACCGUCUUGAAAACCGAAGAUGCGAGGAUUGAUCUGCACAAAAAUCUGGCGACACCCGAUGAGGUUACAGCAAGAAUCCAAGCCAACACAGGUGCAAAAACAAGCUCGGUUAAGAAAUGGAUCAGAGAAGCAAAGCAGAAGGGACAUAGUGGAACGCACAAGAAUAUCAGCGAGGUGAAGUUCAAUCGGAAUAGCUUGGAUAUUGACAAAUUUGAGAAAGAGGUGAUGGAAAAGAGUGCUUAG